AUGGGCAAAAGACGGGUGCUGCACAGCUGCCCCUCAGAGGGAAGAACUGGUUGGGAACAUUGGAAUCAAGGGCAGGCGUGGUUGUCACACCUGCGAAACAGUGGAGUUCACGACCUGACGGCAGGGAGGAAAGCGAGUAGCAGAGUACGGCCCCUGGCCUUCAGGCACGCUGACUUUGGCCUAGUCAGGCAGCUGGUAGGAUAUUUUGCUUUGGAGGUGAAUCUGUUGGAAAAUUACUGCCCGCGUGCAGUGACUGUGGGCCUGGGGCGGUGCAGGAGCAGUAUAAAAGUGGGCCCUUCUCCUCACUCUCUCAUCCGCUCCUGUCGCCUGCAUCUCCUUGGGAACAAGGUGCACCUCCGGACCCAAGACAUGUCCUGCUACAACCAGUGCCUGCCCUGCCAGCCCUGCGGCCCGACCCCGCUGGCCAACAGCUGCAAUGAGCCCUGUGUCAGGCAGUGCCAGGACUCCACCGUCGUCAUCCAGCCCUCCCCCGUGGUGGUGACCCUGCCCGGCCCCAUCCUCAGCUCCUUCCCACAGAACACCGCCGUGGGCUCCUCCACCUCCGCUGCCGUUGGCAGCAUCCUCAGCUCUGAGGGAGUGCCCAUCUCCUCCGGGGGCUUUGGCCUCUCCGGCUUUGGCAGCCGCUACUGCGGCAGGACAUGCCUCCCCUGCUAA